AUCUGCAGCCACUGCAGCUGAAAGUGAAUUAAAACAAAUUUAAAGAAAGUUGAUAAAGUAAAAGUAAACAAGUGAAUUUAUGUAAAAUAUAAAUAACAGCAAAUACUCAAGUUGCCAAAAUGAGUUUUGUAGAUUUAGCUACUUUAGCCUUACACAGACGCCAUGAAAUAGAAGCUAGAAUUCAGACGUUUCUAGAAAAAUGCGAUACUGCAAUACAAGACAUAGAAAAACUUAAAUCGCAGGCAUCUGGCUUUGUGGACCGUCUUAAUUGUGAACCAUCAGAACUGAAGGAUCGUUUUCUCAGCUCCAUGAGACAGUUAGAUGAGUAUACAUAUCUACUGACGGAUUUUAAUCUUGCUGUUGGAAAACUCGACUUACCAAGCAACAUGCAGUAUACUCCGCCAGUCCAAGACUCUUUUGUAAACAUACUCAAACCAAUCCAAGCUCCGGUACCCAACGGAAAAUAUAAUCUGAUGGAUGCUCUGAGCGAACCUGCUCCAUCCACUUCCACAGCCUGUGCCAACAGCUGUCCUCCGGAGAAGGAUAAACCGAGGAAGAUACCGAGAGAGGAGCAGCUUCUAAUAGCUUUUUCCAGUAACUCAUGUUCUUCGGAAAGUGUUCCAUUUCCAUACAACGAAACAAAAGAACUGUUGCAGUGUCAAAUAGAUGGAAUUAAGAAAUUGACUUUGGAUGACUCAGCAUACUCUGAUGAAUUGAACCUACCAGCCCAGUCUGUGCUGGAGGUGGACCAGACAUACUCGGUGAUCAUCACACACGCCGACGGGCCCAUGUUGUGGGUCAUCAUAGAUAGCUGUGGCCUAUAUGAAUUUCUGAAAGAAAUGACGGAGUUCUACAAAGAGAACACCAUUCAGAUGAAAAUGGAAGACGUAAUUAAUCUAACAUACUGCGCCUGUUACGACGAGGACACUAAAUUAUAUUACAGAGGCCUUAUGAUUAAGCUCAGUGAGGACGGCAGCACCGGCGAGGUAUUCCUAAUGGAUACUGGCGAGGUACGCUCCCCGCGUGUGAGGGACAUACAGCCGCUGCACGCGCGCUUCCGCCGCACGCCGCCGCACGCGCGCUGCUGUCAUCUAGCGGGAAUAGACACCAGCUACGAAUCUGAGUCAGCUGAGAAGAUAGCGAAUAUAAUAAAGGAAUAUGUGCACUGCCAAUGCACUAUAACGAUUGAUGAUAACUCAUCGGAAUCUCUGGGAGUAUACGUCAGAUUGUCUACAGGAGAAUGUCUCAACGACUUGGUCACGCAGGAGGAACGUGAUCAUAAAAGUCCCCCAAGAAUUCGCGUAAAGGCUGAGCUAGAUGACAGAAACUUCGACAUCACCGCCUGCCCCGAGUAUGAAGAUCCCGUAGAGGCUGUCACGGGGUACCGUAACAGAGACGAGAUGGACAUAUGCAUGCACUACAAGGGAGGUCCGGAGAAGACUUGCUUCAAGGGAACAAGGUGCAAGAAGAGACAUGUACUGAUGCAUCCGGACGGGUGGACGCUAGACCGCGUCUCCGUGCCGGUCCACGUGCCGACGCCGCUGCUGCCGGCGCCGGGCUGCUGGGUGCGCGUGCUCGUCACACACGUCGCCUUCUACAACACCCUGUACGUCCAGAUGCAGGAGGACCAGCCAGAGCUAACCCCGCCGCGUUUCGGUGAGGUGCUGCCGCCGGCGACGCUGGAACAGCUGGUACAGGACAUGAACAGCCCCGCAUCUCGCACCGCCAUGAAGCCGCUCACUUUGGCCCCAGCUCCGGGCGAGCUGGUGGCGGCUCUGUACCCACCCGACGAGCAGUGGUACCGCGCCCGCGUCAUAUCCCCCUCGCCCGGAGACCAGAACAUUGAGGUGCUAUACAUAGACUACGGCAACCGCGUGUGGGUGCGGUGGGAGUGCGUGCGCGCGCUCGCGCCGCGGUGGUGCUCGCUGGCGGCGCAGGCGGUGUGCUGCACGCUGGCCGGCGUCACCGUCGAGCCCCCCUCGCCCGACGCCACCGCCGCCGCGCGCGACGCCCUCGACCACCUGGCUAAGGAGAAGCGGCUGGACGCGCGCGUCGUGGCGCGGGAUUUCGACGAGCUGACAGUGGAGUUAUACGACGAAUCGGGCUUUAGCAUCGCCGAGCAGUUGCUCACCAAUCCACACGUCAAACCCAAACCGUACUCCAUCCUGCCAGAGAACUACGAGACGCAGAAGAUUAUUGUGCCUUAACAUACUGUAAAUAGGGGCUAUUUUUGUUCAGAGCAUAAUGCGACUCACUGCCGCACUCAGAAACGAAUAAUAAUUACUCAACUGUAAAUAAA